GAUCAUUGAGAUAAUUUCUCAAUUAAGCUAGCAUUCGUAUUUCUUGUGAUAUAUAUAUAUAUAUAUAUAUGUCGGUGAAGAUCGCGGCCGAGUACUUGCCAAAACAGCUGCCACCUGGAGCAGUGGUGGCGGUGAGAGAGUAUGAUGAAGGGAGAGAUAAGGUGGAGGUGGAAGAGCUGGAGAGGGAGUGUGAAGUACUGGGGCAGCAGGGCAAGGCUUCGCUUGUCACUGACCUUAUGGGCGAUCCCAUUUGCCGCGUCCGUCACUUCCCACAUCACAUCAUGCUGGUUGCCGAGUAUGGAGAGGGAGAGAUUGUGGGGAUGAUAAGAGGGUGUGUAAAAACUGUGACACGAGGGAAUUCUGUUUAUGUAAAGUUGGCUUAUAUUCUCGGCCUACGGGUCUCCCCCACGCACAGAAGGCUCGGAAUUGGCACAAAACUAGUACAAAAAUUAGAAGAAUGGUGCAAGGAAAAGGGCGCGGAAUAUGCAUACAUGGCCACAGACUGCACCAAUGAGGCCUCCAUCAAUUUAUUUACCAUAAAAUGUGCAUACAAGAAAUUUCGCACGCCUACCAUGUUGGUUCAGCCCGUUCACGCUCACUACAAGCCAAUUGGCUCGGGCCAUGAGAUCGUCAAACUCACCCCACAACUCGCUGAGUCAAUAUAUCGUCGAAUCUUUGCAAAUUCAGAGUUCUUCCCAAGAGACAUGGACAACAUUUUACGAAACAAGCUCAAUUAUGGCACUUUCAUGGCCGUCCAAAAGAAGUACGACUGGGAUCCAAAGGCUGGAGUUCUUCCGGCAAGUUUCGCAAUCCUAAGCGUGUGGAACACAAAGGACGUGUUCAAGUUGCAGGUGAAGGGCGUGUCGGCAUUAACGUACGUGGGGUGCAUGGGGACGAGGUUGUUGGAUGCAUGUAUGCCGUGGCUGAGGUUGCCCUCAUUUCCAGACGUUUUCAGACAGUUUGGGGUGUACGUUUUGUACGGGCUACACAUGGAAGGUCAGGAUGCAUCGCGCCUCAUGAACUCGCUAUGCGCAUUUGCGCAUAACCUGGCUAGGGACGACGUCGGAUGUGGGGCGGUGGUGGCCGAGGUGGGACAGCGGGACCCGGUUCGAGAGGCCAUCCCACAUUGGAAGAGAUUUUCAUGGGCUGAAGAUAUGUGGUGCAUUAAGAAGCUUGGAGAUGCAGGUGAAAAAUGUGAGCAAUCUGAUGAUUGGAUGAAUUAUUACCAAUCGUCUUCAUCGGUGAUUUUUGUUGAUCCACGUGAUUUCUGACACCUUUUUCUUUUUUUCUUUUUAACCUUGAUUGACUGAUCGAUCACGUGGAACUCAUGUUUUCUCAAAGAGAACAGAAAUUAAAGAUGAUCGAUCACAAGCUAAGUUGUAACGCGCAUAUUGUAAGAGCACUCCCAAUGGAUUAUCUAUUUGUAACUUUAAGUUAGAAUAGAUAAUAAAAGUGUUAAAAAGAGACUCCAUCAGCUUAUGUA